CUUCCAGUUGAGUCAGUGGCUUGAAACUUUUAAAAGCUCGGUGCUCCAAGUUAGAAAAAGGCUUUUACGAGGUAUCAGCACUUUUCUUUCAUUGGGAGAAGGCGUGAGGAAAGUACCAAACAGCAGCAGACUUUUAAACUUUAAAUAGACAGGUCGGAGAGCCUGAGCCCUCCUUUUCCUUGACUUCAGCCUCCUAGGAGCCUCACUUUGGCGCGCCGGCUUCGCUUUCGUUAAGCGAAAGAGAGUUGCCCAGCCAUGGGUGACUGGAGUGCCUUGGGGAAGCUUCUGGACAAGGUCCAAGCCUACUCCACAGCUGGAGGGAAGGUGUGGCUGUCAGUGCUCUUCAUUUUCAGGAUCCUGCUGCUGGGGACAGCGGUUGAGUCAGCGUGGGGUGACGAGCAAUCAGCCUUUCGCUGUAACACCCAACAACCUGGUUGCGAGAAUGUCUGCUAUGACAAGUCCUUCCCCAUCUCGCACGUGCGCUUUUGGGUCCUUCAGAUCAUAUUCGUCUCGGUGCCCACGCUCCUGUAUUUGGCUCAUGUGUUCUACGUAAUGAGAAAGGAAGAGAAACUGAACAAGAGAGAGGAGGAGCUCAAAGUGGCCCAGACAGAUGGUGCCAACGUGGACAUGCAUCUGAAGCAGAUUGAAAUCAAGAAGUUUAAGUACGGGAUCGAAGAGCACGGCAAGGUGAAGAUGAGGGGCGGCCUGCUGAGAACCUACAUCAUCAGCAUCCUCUUCAAGUCUGUCUUCGAGGUGGCCUUCCUGCUGAUCCAGUGGUACAUCUAUGGGUUCAGCCUGAGUGCCGUCUACACCUGCAAGAGGGAUCCCUGCCCCCAUCAGGUGGACUGCUUCCUCUCCCGUCCCACCGAGAAAACCAUCUUCAUCAUCUUCAUGCUGGUUGUGUCCUUGGUGUCUCUCGCUUUGAAUAUCAUCGAACUCUUCUAUGUCUUCUUCAAGGGCGUUAAGGAUCGCGUGAAGGGGAGGAGCGAUCCUUACCAUGCCACCACUGGCCCACUGAGCCCCACAAAAGACUGUGGCUCUCCAAAAUAUGCUUACUUCAAUGGCUGCUCCUCACCCACUGCUCCGCUCUCGCCUAUGUCUCCUCCUGGGUACAAGCUGGUUACCGGUGACAGAAACAAUUCCUCGUGCCGCAAUUACAACAAGCAAGCGAGUGAGCAAAACUGGGCUAAUUUCAGUGCCGAGCAAAACCGAAUGGGGCAGGCCGGAAGCACCAUCUCCAACUCCCACGCCCAGCCUUUUGAUUUCCCCGAUGACAACCAGAAUGCCAAAAAGAUUGCAGCUGGGCAUGAACUCCAGCCCUUAGCCAUUGUGGACCAGCGACCUUCCAGCAGAGCCAGCAGCCGCGCCAGCAGCAGACCUCGGCCUGACGACCUGGAGAUCUAGACAAGAGGCUUGUGCAUCAAGAUGCCGCUCGAUCGUGGAAGA